AUGGACGACCUGGCUGCGCGAACGGUUCGUGUCGAUUUUGGUGAAGAUAGCUCGGAGGAGACUCAGGUGGACAUAGAGGCACAAAAUCAUCGCGACUCCUCCGGCAAGGGUUCUCACUCGAUCAAUCCUCUAAUUUCGCGUCACGAUGGCACGUCUAACGAACCAAGUUCACCUACGCAACACGAUAUACAACGCUCGGAUACCAAUGCAUCUCGGACGACAUUCAAGUCUUUACGAAGGCGCGGUAGAGCCGACACAGCAGUCGCAUAUGGCACUGAAGACAUGGGUAGAACAACUGGUUGGGCGCCAGGCUUAGAACCAGGAGUCGAUACGAGUGAUCCACCUCCUUAUGCGCAGAAUGAGCCGGAAUUACACGAUAUCAGACAUUUGGAUCAGCUGAAGCAGAAAUGUGAGAUUAUGGUUGUCGAUUAUAGUUCUGAGCAGAUGAACUCUCAGUAUCUGGACAAUGAGAAUUUAAAGGACUUCCUAGCACAACCUCAGGACGAUUGGGCUCAAGUUAGGUGGAUUAACGUUAACGGUCUUUCGUGGGAUGUCAUAAAAGAGAUUGGAAACCACAAAUGUUUGCACAGGCUGGCUAUUGAGGAUCUGAUCAACACUAGGAACCGAACCAAGGUCGAUUGGUACGACGAUCAUACAUUCAUGAUCCUUCCUCUCCAGAAGCUCGUUAACACGAAGUCAGAGCACGACAGCAGUAGUGAAGAGGAGGAAAAUGACGACCACGAUCGUGCCACUUUCGACAUGAACAAGAAUGGUCAACCCAGAGUGAAUACGCGAGGCAAUCCUGAGUAUGAGAAUGGCGGUUAUAGACAUGCUUCUGAGCAAAGAAAACAGCAGACAGGUGCUAUCCGCGGUCUGAUCAGAGACCUUAUGAGGCCUACGAAGAAGGACAAAACGAAGUCGCGAAGGUCACAUCUGAAAAAAUCCGCCAGCUUUAAGCACGCCGCUAGUAGUCCCUGGAUGCAUCCAAAGGUUCGAACGUUGCAACAAUGGCACGCUGGACCUAACCAAGAUCGAAUAGAUUACAUGCAGCGAUAUUCUACCUUAGGCUCUCGAGGUUACGGUGUCUCUAUUGAGCAGGUGUCAAUGUUCCUGACAGCCGAUAACACCGUCAUCUCAUUCUUCGAAUACUCUGCCCAGGAUGUGGAGAUGCCAAUCAUGAGGCGGCUUCAAUCACGAAGUACAAUUCUGCGGAAAUCAUGCGAUGCAAGUAUGCUCAUGCAGUCGAUACUGGACACCAUCAUCGAUCUGGCAAUUCCUGUACAAACUGCAUAUCAAGAUGCGAUUGGCGACCUCGAAUUGGCUGUGCUGACCGACCCAAACAUCGGAGAAUCCACCUCACUAUACAUCCUUACGAGUGAGAUAUCAAUUCUCAGGAGUGCCAUCGCACCUGUAAACCAACUUAUAACUUCUCUACGAGAACACAAGGUGACUGCAUCUGCACUCACGAUGCCUUCACGGGCCAUGAGUCCUGCUCCUUCACCUGCAAUACAGCUGAACCGGCAACUUGGUGAUGGUCGACCACCAAUGCCACAAUUCCCGCGUACGCAGCGUACGGAGAUCAUGUCUUCUGGAGUCACUAUCUCCGAGCUCACGCAGACUUACCUCGGCGAUGUCGAGGAUCAUGCACAAAUCAUUACGGCCUCGUACGAUCAGAUGAGACGUAAUGCUGACAACUUGGUCGACCUCAUCUUCAAUACUGUAUCGGCAUACCAAAAUGAAGCCAUGAAACAGCUUACCAUUGUGACGGCCUUCUUCUUGCCUUUGACUUUCAUGACUGGUUAUUUUGGCAUGAACUUUGAAGUCUUUCCUGGUGUUCAAAAACAUAGCGACAAUUUCUUCUGGAGUAUAGCUAUCCCCGUCUGUACUGUAGUGGCUAUAAUCUUAUUGAGGGACUGGAUAGAACGAUGGCUGACGAAGUGGGCAAAGAAGACGUCCAUCAAGAGAGGCAGGCAACGAAGAUUGGAAAGGAACUCGAGGUGA